UCUUGCUUUUGGGGAAAAGCAUAAAGGAAAACAGAAAUAAACGGCUCCUUCUUGGCGUAUGGGAUUGGUCAACUGGUUGCAGAUUUACAGGAUAUACCCUCCCAAUGUUUCUUCCAGAGAGGGGAAUUAGAGGAUUAAGCAAUCACACGAUCGGAGAGAGCUAGAGAGAGAGAGAGCUAUGGCUUAUCUCCCCAACAAAAUCGUACUUUUCGCCUUGCAAAUUCUGGCCUUAUUCAUCGCAUCUUUUUCCAUCCCAGGAAUAUGUGGAAGGGCUGUUGUAGAAGCGCACAAACAGAGAGAGUUCGAUUACUUCUUAUUGGCUCUUCAGUGGUCCGGCACUGUCUGCCAGAGAACCCACCAUUGUUGUUCCUCCAAUGCUUGCUGCCGAGGCUCAAAUGCUCCAACGGGAUUUACAAUCCAUGGAUUGUGGCCUGAUUACAAUGAUGGAACUUGGCCUGCAUGCUGCACCCACUCAGAUUUCGAUAUAAAGGAGAUCUCAACAUUGCGCAACACCUUAGAGAAGUACUGGCCAUCUUUGAGCUGUUCUUCAGCAUCAACUUGCCAUGGCGGGAAAGGAUUAUUUUGGGCUCAUGAGUGGGAAAAGCAUGGGACAUGUUCAUUUCCAGUUGUUCGAGAUGAAUAUGAGUACUUUUUGACGACUCUCAAUGUCUAUUUUAAAUAUAAUGUCACAGCAGUUCUGGCUGAAGCUGGGUACUUGCCUUCUAACUCUGAAAAGUAUCCUCUUGGAGGCAUUAUUUCUGCAAUUCAAAAUGCCUUCCAUUCAACCCCGUUACUGGUUUGCUCUCAUGGUGCAAUAGAGGAACUUCGGUUAUGCUUCCAUAAGGAUUUUAAGCCACGUGAUUGUGUAAUUGGAUCUAGCAUUGAAGUUGAUGGACUUUCAUCUAAGAGUUCUUGUCCAAUAUAUGUCAGCUUGCCAGCACACGUGUCAUUAGGGCCUGAAAAUGGCGAGUCUCCGGUUCCUGUCGCCACCUCAAAAUGAAGCUGUCCAGAUCUUGGCUUGGCGGUUCAACGUUCUCCGAACAGCCGACGCCGAAUCAGGCGAGAACAAGACUAGCAAAUGCCCUGUUGUAUUUGUGUACAAUGUGCAACCAGAGAUGCUAUUAGCAAAACCAAAGAAGAAAAAGGCAAAAAACAGUCUUCCACUGUGUCCUUCUAAAACCAGAAAAACAUCUUCAUUUUGACUGGGGAUCAAAAUGUUCAUUCUGCUACAAUUUGUACCCUUAACUGGAUGGCCUGCUAUUUAUCUGGUUCCUUCUCUCCUGUGCAAACACUGCUAAUAAUCAGAUUGAAGAGCCAUUCAAAGAUUAUUGUUCA